AUGCCUCGGAAAGCAAGUGGCUUUGUUCUGCAUGAGAAUAUGAAGAAGAAAGAUGAUAAGAGUGUCCCUAUCUGCAGCAGAAUUGGCUGCAGCUCUCGUGUCAGUUCCAUCAAGGAAGCUGCGAUUGAACACAAAACAAAACCUACUCAGUCUUCGUUACGACCUCCUUCGAAUGGAAAGGAAAUCGUCGGGAGCUCAUCACGAAACAUCAGUGGAUUCGGAGGAGGAACAAAGAAGGCCUGUAAAGUCACUGGAAGGAGACAACUCUCUUCUCUUCUAGACACAGAUUCUUCAGAGAGUAGUAGUAGUGUUCAUGACGAGACUCAGCGUGCCCUUCCACGUGGAAAGACGACGAAAGAAAGCAUUACAAGUGUUCGUUCUGAUAAUAGUAGUGUCUCUGGAGAAGUUGUGACAGAGGUAGGAAGCUCAAGCAGAGGUACAGGCAAAAGCAAUGUACAUCAGAGACCUGAUUUGGUCACCAGAGAUGCAAGAUUGAGAGAGUUACGGAGCAAAACCGGGUCUGAUGUUGUUCCAAACCCGACAAGAAAAGGCAACAUGUUUAGAAAGAAAACCUCUGAUGGAGAGAGCAGUAGCUCUUCAAGCAGAGGGGAUAAUAAGACGGAGAAAUCAGUGAUUGAGGUAAAGAAUCAAAGUUCCACUAAUGGCAAUGGCAUCACCAUGUCUGAGUCUAGGAGGAACAGGAAUUUGCCAAGUGUUAGGGACAACAGUGUUGUUUCGAGUAGUAGUACUAGGAGAACAACUGGUUUCUAUGGAAGAACAGGGCGCUCUGGAGCAGCGGUUGCAACUCUAAGAGCGCCUCAGCCUGCAACACGAGCUGAUCUAAAUCCUUUGAGAUCCGCACAAGCUUCGAAUAGUCCUCUUUCGAAUAGUUACAGUAGGCCAAUGAGUAGUAAUGGCAGGUUACGUAGCAUGAUGAUGCCUGGUAGCCCCUCAGGAUCCGGCCUUUCUCGCUCUCUGAUGAACCGUGAAGGUUUUAGACGUUACAACAUGAAUGGUGUUGCGGAGGUAUUGUUGGCUCUGGAAAGGAUUGGACAAGACGAAGAGCUUACAUACGAGCAAUUGGUUGUUUUAGAGACCAAUCUGUUCUUGAAUGGUGUGAGCGGCUUCCACGAUCAGCAUAGAGAUAUGAGGCUUGACAUUGAUAACAUGUCGUAUGAGGAACUAUUAGCAUUGGAGGAGAAAAUGGGCACAGUGAGCACUGCUCUAAGUGAGGAAGCGCUGCUGAAAAGCCUCAAGUCAAGCAUCUACCGUCAAGCAGAUGAAUCAAGUGACAUUUGCCUGAGAAAAGAUGAUGAUGUCAAAUGUAGCAUUUGCCAGGAGGAGUAUGUUGAUGGAGAUGAAGUAGGGACUUUGCCUUGCCAACAUAUGUACCACGUGAGCUGCGCGCAGCAAUGGCUCCGGAUGAAGAAUUGGUGUCCUAUCUGCAAAACCUCUGCAGAAUCUCAGCCACAGCCAUUUUCAUGA